CUCUCAAAAAUAUAAAACAUAUUUCGAAUCCGGUUGGAUGGUUUGUUUCACUUUCCUUAGGUGAUGAACUAUUUUGUAAAGUUUGGUUACUUUGAGGUUUGUUCUGCAAUUUCCCCUUCUAUUUACUACGAGGCCCACUAGUCAAAGCCCGUCCGUUUUCUUUCUCUCACCCAAAAUCGAGAUGGCAUCUCACUGCCACCACGACGGCGGCUGCCGCCGGCGCCACCACAACCACCGUGAAAGCAUUCCUCUAAUCUCCGUUAACUACGCCACGUCAUCACCCUGUUGCUUCGGAGAUUGUACUCCUUGCUGUACCCAAUCAAACCAACAAACUGAUUCCCCGCCGAAUCUAGAUCAUCUUCUUCGUCUUAUUGCUUCUUAUCUCCAAAAUCAGCAACAACAACAACAACAACGAGAAACUCAAUGUUCCUGUGAAACCAAGUCUCCGAGAUUCGCCGCCGUGGAACGACAUAGCUUCGUGAACCAGCAACAUAAGCAGCAGAAGAACGUUCAACGAGAAUACGACAAUCUCCUCCGGAAAAUCGACGAUCUCGACUUGUCGCUCAAUCGAUUUUCUGCUCGUCGCGACUCUUCUUACUCUACAUUGAAGGACUCGGCGGCGCGUGUGAUCCAGACCCAUUUCCGGUCUUACCUUGUUCGCAGAUCCAUAUCACUCAGGCAGCUCAAGGAGCUAGCUUCGAUCAAAUCUAGCUUCUUGUCUCUCAAAUCUUCGGUCUCUGGUAAAACCCAUUUCCCUUUCGAAGCCGUUUCUCGAGAAGCUACGGAUUUGCUUCUGCAAUUGGAUUCCAUUCAGGGUAGGGUUGAUUCAAUGAUAAGAGAUGGGAAAAGGACAUUGUGUAGAGACUUGGUGAGGUUCUUACACUACAUUGAUGAUUGUGCUGUGAAAAGGCGUGAAAUUGUUUGUAAAUCUGCGAAAGAUGUGAGCUUUAGGAGCAAAUGUAAGAGUUCUGGAGCUAAGCUUCAUGUAGGAGAAGGUAGAAGAACCACCAGCGAGAAACCGAAGAAACAGAUACAAACAAUCUAUGUUACUUCCAAUGGCGGCGAGGAGGACAUUGCCGAGCUGGAAGAGUUCCACUUCAUGACUGAUGAUGCUCAAGGAAUCCCCAUUGUUUCUGUUGAAAGCAGCAGAAAGCUUGGAAGCUCAAAGUCUAGAGUUGGAGCAUUGAGGCAAGGCGACAAAGCGAAGACACCGGUUACUAAGACUGUCAAGUGUGGCGAAAAUAGGAAUGUCUAUGAGUUAACUUCGAGUGCAGAGGAUGAUUCAUUUGAUGAUGGAGAUGAGAUCUUGAUGAUGUCUCGUGAUGCUGAAGUUGCUAGUGAUUCAAGAAGUAGAAGCAGAAGCGGAGUUGUUAUAAAAGGCAGUGGAGGGAAAACUGUGAGCUUUGAAGAGGAUGGGAACGUCUAUAAGGUUUAUGGAUAUACACCAGAGGCAAGUGUAAGUGAGGAAUAUGAAAGUUCUACAAGCGGAUCAAACAAUGAGGUUGAGGAUAUCAAAUAUGUGCCCAAGGAGAAUGAAGAUUCUGGAGAAGACGAAGAAGAAGAAGUUCACUCUGAGAAUGAAGAAGAAUCUUCUUCAGAGUGCAGUAAAGAAGACGCACAAGUUACCGAAAAUGUCAGUCACACGGGAAGAAAUGAACACAAGCGGGAGUUCCAGCUUCGAAAAGAAGAUUCGAUGUUCUCUCCUCCAUUGCCACUAAAAAUGGAACCUUGAGGUGGGUCGUGAAAACCAACGAAGAUAAACUUUUGUGUUGUGGAAAUUGUAACAUAACCAGAUGAAUUAGUCUAAAGGUUUCAGCUUUUUCUGGGGACAUCUUUGUGAGUGUUUUUUUCUUGGUUUGUUCUGUUGGUUUUCUGUAUUCUUUAUGCCAUUGUCGUCUUGGAGCUUUUUCUUUCAGAGAAUCUCUAUUCUUUUGCUUAGGUAGAUUAGUUUGUAGACUGUAACCUUGUAUGUGGUUUCUGUAGCUUCUUGAAUUUGAAGAACUUCCACAAAAAUCUUCUGCUUCUGUU